UCUCCGUGCACGGUCAACACUCGAGUGUCUCGAGAGUGACGUAUCUAGCUGUAGCCACGUGCGCCGUCCUCACGCGCAACACAACAGCGAGUGAUGCGGAACGGUAGUUCUUGAUGACGUAACCUAGAAGAGCUCGGCAGGUGGCUCAAGGUUUGUUGUGUCGCGCGAGACCCAUUUAGCAGAACUGCCCCCCGAGCUAAACGCGUCCAACCCCAGACACCGUGCGUUGCUGUGGGAAUCUCACGCGUUCACCUCCACUCAGGUUGCUGCGUCGCUCGGUGGGUCUCUGCCAAGAAGUUUCCACAUGCUUUGCACCCGAGGUGCCAGGAAGUGAGCUUACAUGCACGCCCAGACCUCUGCUGAGCAACACUCUAACCUUACACAAUCCCAAAACUGCAUGCACUCAACCUCCAAUACACACUGAGCGAACACAUUCAGACAUAUUCCAACCCUUCACACAGCUUACCACAAACUAAGUUACUGGAGGAUCCCACCACACACAUAUUCCCCCUCCCUUCUCCCACCUCCUCUGUGAUCCUCCCCUCUAAAUACCUCCGGAGCUACACAGAACUUCUCUGUUCUUCCUGAAUGUUGAAUCUACAACAGCGAGGUACACGGUCGCUCCACCACUGAGCUCCUGAGCUGUACACCUGGUGACAAAUCAACACGAUAGCCACGUGAUAAAAUAUGUGGAAUAUAUAUUUUACCACAUCAUUUUUGGAUGUAGUAAUCUCAUUUAUGUUGUUCCCUUCUUCCUCAAUUAUUUGCAAUUGCUUGAAUCCACAAUGUGCUGACCAGUAGAGAUGCUCUCUUAUUAAUUUGUGUGGGAUAUCUUAGGCUUCUCUUGUGUUUAAAUACCUGAAUAGUACACGUUGUAUCAUCAUAUAACAUUUCUGCGUACAUAUAUAGGAAAUGGUAGCAUUAAGUGAUAUAUACUGAUAUAAACCAACCAUCAAAAACAAAUAAACCCAUUGGCAGACUGUAAUGGGAGGAGAAGCAGAGAAGAGCGAGGCUUCUGGCCUUCCGAAGAGGAGGAAAUCCAAGGAAAAAAACGAAGAGAGCGAGAAGGAAUUGGAAGGAGAGGACAGGGGUAUGCAGAUCCCUCUGCAUCGCUGGGUAAUGCACGGGGCGGUGAUGUUUGGACGUGAGUUCUGCUACGCCAUGGAAACCGCCCUGGUGACGCCAGUGCUGCUGCAGAUAGGUCUUCCUGAGCAAUAUUACAGUUUAACUUGGUUCCUCAGUCCUAUCCUGGGUCUCCUCUUUACACCUGUGAUUGGCUCAGCCAGUGACCGAUGUACUCUGCGAUGGGGCCGGAGAAGACCAUUCAUUCUGGCCCUGUGCGUCGGUGUGCUGCUGGGAGUGGCACUGUUCUUAAAUGGGUCACUAAUAGGCCUUUCCGUUGGCGACAGUCCCGGCAGCCAGCCAAUUGGCAUCGUCCUUACUGUCGUGGGUGUGGUGGUGCUGGACUUCAGUGCUGAUGCCUCUGAGGGACCAAUCAGAGCUUACCUUCUUGAUGUUGCAGACACUGACGAGCAAGAUAUGGCCUUGAAUAUUCAUGCCUUCUCUGCUGGGCUCGGUGGAGCAGUGGGCUACAUGCUGGGUGGUCUUGACUGGACUGGCACAGCUCUGGGCCAAGCAUUUAAAUCCCAGGAACAGGUCCUCUUUUUGUUCGCAGGCAUCAUCUUCAUUAUCUCAGUCACGCUGCACAUGUUCAGUAUCCCUGAGCAACCUUUCGCUCCUUCCAACCUGCUUAAAGAUACGACAAGUGGGGAGUCCACCAGCCAGUUGUCUUUCAGGCCCAUUGGACACACGCCACCUUUACUUGACUUGAUUGCAGAGGAGGAUGCUUCAGCUCGAGCCCCCUCCAGAGAGGACGACAAAUCAGAUUCUGAGGAAGGAGAAAUGGACUUCUUUGCUGUGGAUCGUGUGCGGAGUAAAAGCGAUUCAAUCUUAGCCAUGCCAGAUGAGACAAUCGAGUUGGAUUCUGACCUCGACCCAGACACACAACUUUUCCUGCCACAGUUCCAACACUUUGUACCAGAGACGGCGGGAGAGCUAGAAGAUGUUUUCAAGCCAUCAAACUACAGUAUUGGGUCCUCGUCUCCUUCUGGAGCACUACCCACCCUUUCUGAUGGCAUGAUGGUUUUAGAGCAUACAAAUCCAGACUGGCCUGUGCUUAGGGGUCCAACAAACGGCCCUCCUUCUCUGCUUCAGGUCACUUCUGGUUUAGAGGACUCUCUUUUGAGAAACCGGGUGAAAUCAGCUGUUAUGGUCAAGGCUGUCAAUUGUGUCGAUGCUGCCUUGCCAUCUUCUGACGACUGCAAUGCCAUGAAAGGCCAUGCCUCCUCUAUGUUGCCAAGCCGCCUCUCCAACACCUCACCACGACCACACCCACACAUCUUCUACAGACAGCCCUCCUUCACAUUCUCCUACUACGGACGCGUGGGGUCGAAUCGCUUUCGACUGCGAAAAACAUUCCCGUGGAGCCCUCGGCCAAUCACCACCUCCUGCAGUCUGAAUGACCUAAGUGAACUCCAGCGGCAUCCACACCGGCGAGAGUUACAUUUGUCAGAUGGCAGUCUGUCAUCUGAGGGCUCCAGCAGCGAGAGUGGACCAGGCCAGGGUACAACUGUUCGAUUGCUCUGGCUGUCCAUGUUUAAGAUGCCAAGGCAGCUGUGGACAUUGUGUGUGUGUCACCUCCUCACAUGGUUCUCCAUUAUAGCUGAAGCUGUGUUUUACACUGAUUUUAUGGGGCAAGUCAUCUACCACGGAGACCCCACGGCUCCAUCCAAUUCCACGGAGCUCCUUAACUAUCACAGAGGCGUACAGAUGGGCUGCUGGGGACUGGUGGUCUAUGCUGCUACUGCUGCUGUCUGCUCUGCAAUCCUUCAGAAGUACCUGGAUAACUUUGAUUUGAGCAUUAAGAUUGUCUACAUUGUUGGAACGUUGGGAUUCUCAAUAGGAACCGCUGUCAUGGCAAUCUUCCCGAAUGUUUAUGUGGUCAUGGUCAUGAUCAGUAGCAUGGGCAUCAUCUCCAUGAGUAUCUCCUACUGUCCCUAUGCAUUACUCGGGCAGUACCAUGAAAUCAAAGAGUACAUUCACCACAGUCCAGCAAACACUAGACGGGGUUUUGGGAUUGACUGCGCCAUCUUGUCCUGCCAGGUCUAUAUCAGCCAGAUUCUGGUUGCAUCGGCCCUUGGAGCUGUGGUCGAGGCAGUUGGCAGUGUGCGUGUCAUUCCUGCAGUGGCCUCUGGAGGCUCCUUCCUUGGCUUCCUAACUGCCUGUUUCCUCGUCAUUUAUCCCGAUGAGGCACCCAUCAGCUCAGAGCAGGACCUGGGCCCGGUUGCUGUACCUGGAGAUGCAGACCCAGAUGGAGGAAGGACCAGUGACCAGAGGUUGGCUUUGCUGAACCUCACAUGUGGAGAUAUUUUAAAGAAGGGAGAGAAUCACUCUGUUGCCUGAAUAUGUGAAUAAUUGUGUAGGUUUCUUUACACUAAGCACGCACCACAACAUGUGUGGAUUAUACCAAAUGUCUGUGCCUUUUCUGAAGGAGGAAAGAGGGCACAAAGUUUGACAUGAAUCUCCUCUUCAUCCUAUUUUAUUAUUAUUAUUAUUUGUAUUGCUACCUCAACCCAAAAACAAGUAACUGUUUAGAUGGGUGGAGCCACAUGAUUGUGACUGGGGAGACUGUUCAAACUGAUAUAGCUCAGACUACUGAUACAAAUGUCAGCCUUUAUUGCGAACAUACAAAUGGGAAGCACACAGAGCACUUUGUCUCACUCCUGAACAGUAUUGUCACAUUGAUGCUGCAGAAUGAUGUAAUGCGUGACUUUUUUCUUCACACGAAGAGGCUCCAUAACUACUUGAUGGACAAUCAUAGUGCUGGAAAAUGGUGUGCUUCUGCAUUACAUGCUGACUGAAUGCAAUUGUUAUUGUUCCAGUCUCUUGCAUAUUUGAUAGUUUAUUGUUAGUUUCCAAACUAACUUCUAUUUGUUGCAGACAUAACCAUUUCAUACACUUGUUUUAAUUCAAAUGUGUGUCUGAACAUGCUACAUAGCAACAUAGUGUUUUUUUAAUGUUUUUUUUCCUCAAAAUGCCAAAUUAUCCUUACAUACCAUGAUGCAUAAGCAAAGUUAUAUCAUAAUGUAGUUAAUUAUGCCAGAAGUUGUGGAUGGAUCUGUUAUCCAUGUUGCUUUUAUUAAAAUUGACAACCAAUUGCAAUGCAAAGUCUCUGCCAAUGAAGACCGUUUUUGUCUUUACACUGUAAAUGUGUAAACAUGUUCGCUCAAGUUUGACCUGGGCUGGCAUUUUGUUUGCUUUUUAAAUAUACAUUUAAUGUACAGGGGGAAAUGGUCAUCAUGUUCCUCAUGGCACAUUUGUCAUAUGCUGGCAACAAAACAACCUUACAGUACAUUAGUUCAGCGUGCCAUGAUGAUCACAAACUGUCUUGCUGUACAGAAAGGACUACCGAGAAGAUCAAUAGCUCCCAUACCACCAGGCUUCAGUUUACACAACAAAUGUGGGGCAGCAGAGAGUCUGUGUGGAUAAUGUUUAGCAUAGUCCUACACACUUUAACAUAUCUGUACACUGUAAUAAUAUACAGACUUAUGCACAAUUUAUUAAACAGCAUAGUCUCUCCUCUUUGAAGGUGGUAUCUUCAGUCGCACAUCAUCAUGCUUGAAUAUGGGAGUGAGUGUAACUGCACAGAGCAGCCUUACGCAAACUACUAGGAGUAUUAUUUCUUUAAUUGAGUGUUUAAUGUCAUACGGUCUGAAACCUGUAAUGCUGCAUGUUGAAUGCUAGAGAGACGCACGUCUAUGCAAAGCCAACAAGUGAUAUAUGCAAACUUGAAAUGCAUUGAGCAAAUUAAUCUUGAAGAGAAGCACUGCUCCGUUCACUUUCUUUUUUUUAAACGAUUAACCAACUCCGAGGUAAUGGUUUGCAUCUUGUGAAAACAUUGCACAGAUUUAGACAGCAAUAAGGGAUAACUCCUUAUAACAAUAAGGAGUAAUUUCUUUACUCUGUUCUCGGGUGAUCCCGACAGCAUUCGUUGGGGUCUUGUUCCCUGCCAGCUAUCGAUGGCUUUGCCUCUCAUGACAGCAUGACGUCUUCUAUGGCGUGAUUGCUGUCACAAGUGAACAUUAUAAUUCUAUGAAUUUUUGCAUCCAAUAAUGAAGGGAACAUUUUGAGAAAAGAAUACAAAAUAACAUUAAUUUCUAAAUUCGAAAUAAAAGUGUGUGUGUGUGUGUGUGUGUGUGUGUGCGCCCGCACCAUUGUGCUCUUUGAGAAUUGUGGUCCUGUUUCUUUUAUAAAGCACCAGUUGACAAGAGGUUAGGCUACAUGCUGUUAGUACAUUUUUAGUAAGUUUCUUGGAACAGGCCCCUAGUUUAUUGAUAUUGUUUGGAUUUUAUAAAAAAAAGUUAAGACUUAUGAUACUCUAUUACUUUUGUAAUGUGUGUUUUAAGUGCUUUUUAGUUAUUUUUCCUGCUACACAGACUGUUGUACAAUGUGAAAAGGGUAUUUUUCUACCAAUUAUUUGAAAAAAGAAAAUUAAUGCA